AUGAAGCGCAAAAACCCGAUGGCCCCAGUUCUCACCCUUCCCGCCAUUUCCUCCAACCUCGUACCUUUCGUCCCCCAAAACCAUGAACUUCCCAGCCUCCACCGUCGCCGGAAAAAACCUAUCCCUAGCCUCUCUCGCUCCUCCCUAGCCGAUCACUCUCUCUCCGCCAAGCGCCGCCUUCUCGACCUCAUCUCCGACCAGGACCGAGUCUCAAGACGCAGAGCAAUCCCUCGAAGCUUUCCGAGAUCGUCGAUGCCAUUGACGCCAUGGGCGAGUUGGGCAGAGACACUGUCACCACCGGACAAUCGCUGUCCGCCACGUGGCGACUACUCUGGACCACAGAGAAGGAGCAGCUUUUCAUCAUCAAGAAUGCGUUUCUCUUCGGAACCCGAGCCGGGCAAACUCAACAAUGUGAUCACUUUUCCGCCUCACGGUGUUUUCUUUGUUCGGUCAAAUAUCGACAUUGCGUCGCCGCAGAGAGUUAAUUUUAGUUUUACGUGGGGAGAAUUGGGAGCUUCCGUUACCUCCAUUCGGGCAGGGCUGUUCUCAAUUGUUUUGUCCUAUUAUGGUCGUCUUAGUGCAUUCCUUCUCUAG